AUGGGCCUCCGCGCCCCUGGUCCUCUUCUCCACCGCUCGCUCGGCUCCAGGGCCUCCUACGCGACCCCGCACGCCCCUGGGGCCAAACGGGUGCGGGCGAACGGGUUACGGGGCGGGCGGCGCCAGGCGCCCGACGGGGCAGCCCCGGGCACGCGGGCGACGGCCGCUAGGGCGCGGCGCGGUGAGGCAACCGCGGCUGGGCGGGGCAAGGGGCAGGAGCAGGGCACCGGAGCGCCGGAGGUGGCCGCGGGCGUGGCGUCUUCGCUGACGCAGGGGGUGCAGGAGCGGGGCAAGGUCGACGCCAACGGUGGGGGGAAAGGCGAGGCGAUGCUGGGGCAGGCGCCCGGCGGAGCAGCGGCGGUGCGCGUGGGGAAGGAGGCCACGGCGAGCAUGAGGACGACGCCGGAGCGGGGGCAACGGGCGACGGCGAGCGGGCGCCGGCGGGGGUGA